AUGAAGUGCCCUUCAUUGUCUCAAUGUAAUAUUGAUAUUCGUCGUUAUUUACAACAAUCAAGAAUUACAGUUACUAAAUUUAUUGCAAUCUUUUUCUGUAUUUUAACUGCAUUGCUUAUUCUUUAUUAUUUUUUAUUUGAUCAAACAGAUCCACAAUCAACAGUUGUUUAUAUAAAUAAUUAUUAUAAUAAUAUUUCUUCUUCGAGUCAAUUAACACUUCCACCUGAUUAUUCUUUUUUAAAUAAUAUUAAAGAUAAAUUUAAACCUGAUUAUGUUAUUAGAACAUCUGAUAAAUCUCAAAAGCCAACAUGUAUAAUUAUAAUUCGUACAGCUGAUGGAGCUAUUGGAAAUCGUAUGUUUUUAUUUGCUAGUGCAUAUGGUUUAGCACGUCUUCAUCAAUGUGAUCUUUAUAUUGCACCAUGGAUUUUAACAGAUCUUCGAUCUGUAUUUACAAUUAAUUUACAAGAUACACCUAUUCAUUUAAUAACAAAAGAUUCAAUUUUAAAACAACCUGGUUUAUAUGGACGAUAUAGUUCAUGUACAUUAUUUGAUGAUUUAUUAAAAGUUCCAUUAAAAUCAAAUUUAACUUUUUAUGAAAUGAUUGGAUUUUAUCAAGCAUUUGGGUAUUUUAUUAAAUAUAAAGAUGAAAUAACAUAUUUAUUUCAAUUUAAUCAAGGUUCAAUUAUAAAUAAUGUACCAUUAGUUGAACAACUUCUUAAAGCUGUUUGGAAUAUUCCAUUAAAUCUUGGUAUAUAUACAAAAGAUAAUGUAACUCAUAAAUAUUUAAAAUUACUUUUAACUCAACCACCAUCUCCAUUAAUACCUGUGACAUGGAUUGCAAUUCAUAUACGUCGUGGUGAUUUUUUAACAUUUUUUAAAAUCGAUACAAGUGUCGAAUAUUUGAAUUAUGCAAUGAAUUAUUAUCGUCGAAAAUAUAUCAAUUGUCGAUUUUUAAUUGCUAGUGAUGAUAAAGAUUAUGCUCAAAAAAAUCUUGCAAAUAAUUCGGAUAUAUUUAUAACUCCGAAAUCAUUUUUUUCUGGUGAUGAUUUAGCUGCAUUAGCUUUAUGUGAACAUACAAUUGUUACAGCUGGUAGUUAUGGAUGGUGGGCUGCAUGGUUAGCUGGUGGAAAUGUUCUUCAUGAUCUUACAUAUCCUGUACCAUCACAAAAUUGUAUACGUGAACAUUAUUUUCCACCUUGGUUUGUUUUUCCUCAUAAUAAACCUAAUAUAACUCAAAAAUUCAAUUCAUCAAAUUCAAGUCAAUCAUAA